AUUGUUCUCAUCAAUUAGUUAGGGAAGAUGAGCAGCGAUUUGGACGAAGACCAAUUGUUGGCUGAUUCUUCGGAGGAAGGUUCGUCAGACGAAGAGUCGGUGGGAGAAGGAACACCUGGAGCCGGCAGCUUAGGCGGGGAAGGGGGAAUUUCCCUCGGGGGACACCAACGGGCUGGAGCUGCCAGCUUUUUCGCCAGCGCUGGUGCUGAUGAGGACGAUGAUGAUGACGACAGUGGCGAAGGCGAUGCAGAAGAAGAUAUGGAUGUGGAUGAAGAAGUAUUACAAUCUGAAUUGGAUGUUGUUAAUAACAAGUUGGCAUCUGAGCCAUACUCGUAUGACUUAUAUCUGGAGAAGAUCCGGAUUCUAAAGGGCCUUGGAGAGCUGGACAAGCUACGUAGCGCUCGAGAGAAAAUGAACGUGAUAUAUCCGUUGAGCCCAACACUUUGGAUUGAAUGGCUUCAAGAUGAGCAGAAAAUGUUGUCAGUUGCCACCGACGAAGAGAAGGAAUACGUUUUUACGUUGAUGGAGAGGGCUGUCAAGGAUUACACAUCUGUAGAAGUAUGGUUGGAGUACAUAAACCUUUGUUUGAGCAACAUGAAUGAAGAGAACGGUGUUGUUAGGUGCAGGGAUGUCUUUGAAAGAGCUUUAGGAUGCUGUGGAUUGAAUGUGGCAAUGGGUUCGUUGAUUUGGGAUACCUACCGAGAUUUCGAGGCAGCUUUAUUGGCAACAAUGGUCACGGAAGAACAACAGUUGGAACAGGAAAAGCGAUUCAUUGCGCUUUGCAAGCGACAACUUGCCGUUCCCUUGCUGGGCAUGAAGAACACAUUCAACUUGCUAAAGAACAAAAUCGACAUUGAUGAAAAUGUCGAAAGUGCAUACAAGAAAGCGUUGGACAGACUGAAAUACUUGGAAAGUUGGGAGGCGAAACUGGUGCAAACCUCAGAAGGUUCUCAAAAAUCCUCGAUUUACAAUGAUUACAUUGCACAAGAACAGAAAUUCAAAAGUAACCCUGCUCGAAUUCAAUGUCUCUACGAACGUGCCAUUACGGACUCGCCACUAGAUGCUCAGUUGUGGUUGGACUACAUUGACUACUUGACCAAAGAUCUCAAAAUUCCAGAUCUUAUAAUGGACAUAUGUGAACGCGCAGUAAGAAAUUGCUCCUGGACUUUGACCGUCUGGUUAAAGUAUUUAUGGGCGGUGGAAACAUUUAUUCCUAUCGAUGAAAGUAUUGAGUAUGAUGAUGGCCAGCGAUUUGAUAAGAUGAAAACCGUGUUUGAAAAGGCACUAACUUAUUGUGGAACUGGAGAUCAAGCUGGCACCUUGUGGUUGAAGUAUUUGGAAUUCCUUAGAAGAAGAAUUGACUACGAAAAAUCGUUGGAUCCGAAAAAAGUAGAGAUUUUGCGAAAAACUUUUACCGCUGCGGAAACUCACCUUCUUCAAUUGGUACAGGAGCCCAACGAUUUCAUCAGCCAAAUUCUACAAUUCCAGGCCCGCUUCGAGAGUAAUUUAAUUAAAGGAAUGACAGGCGAAAUUCGAGAAAUGUGGAAAGCCAUUUUUAAUCGUGGAUAUGGACAAUAUUACCGAGUAUGGGCACAGUACCUUACGCUCGAAAUUAAAUACGGGGCUGACGUAAAGAGAGUAAGAGCAGAACUUGGGAGAGCAAUGUUGCAAAUUCAGGAUGACCCACAAUCUGUUGCUGAUUUUUGGCUGAAUUUUGAACGAGAUUAUGGAGACCUGAUCUCUCAAUCCGUCGCGGAAGCAAAAAUUUCUAAAGCGCUGGAAAAUAUGGUAUAUCCGAAUCCGGGCCAGAAUUAUACUAAUAAGAAUUAUGGACAAAAGGACUAUAGACAAAACAAUGAGCAAGGGAAGAACAAAAAAAGGAAAUGGCAACAAUCUGAUGAGAUGCUAAACAAUGCUGUGCCUCCAAAAAGAGAGAAACCUACACCAAUAUUUGACACGGUGGAUGGAUUAGACAACAUGUUUAAGAUGCCUGCGGUUCCAAAACCAAAAUUCGUGAAGAGUUCUUCGAAUGAUUCUGCGAAGACUGAACAACCACCUCCAGGUCCAGUAAAACACGACUCCUCUAAAGAUAACCGCACCGUAUUUGUAAGCAACUUGCACUUCUCUGCCGACGAAAGCAUGAUCAAGGGAUUUUUUUCGGAAGUUGGCACUGUCGAGGAAGUCAGACUAGUCAAGGACUUUAAAUUAAGAUCCAAGGGUUUUGGCUACGUCGUAUUUGAAAAACUGGAAUCACAUGCAAAUGCACUCAAAAUGGACCGCAAACCGUUAGAAGGUCGACCAGUGUUUGUUUCGAAAUGUGAUCCUGACAAAAACACUCGUCAAGUUCAAUUCAAAUACUCCACAGCAUUGGAAAAGAACAAGCUGUUUGUGAAGGGGUUGCCAUUUUCCAUGUCGCAAGAAGAUUUACGGAAAUUGUUUGCUGAGUUUGGAGCUUUGAAAGAUUGUCGACUAGUUGCGAACCGAACCGGCCGCUCAAAAGGAAUUGCAUACUUGGAAUUUGAAAACGCUAGCCAUGCGGCAGCAGCAAUACUAAAGACUGAUGGGUCGGUUAUUGAUGGCCGAACUAUUUCGGUGUCUAUAAGCAAUCCCCCGGCGAAAAACGAAGGGAAGUCAAUUCAACCCUCCUACUUUUCUAAGGCGACAGCGACGACAGACCCGCUGCAGCGACGGGAAAGAAACGUCUUUGUACCAAGAUCACUGCAAGUUCAUCCGAAAUCUGAUGCUCCCACUGCUGACUUAACAACUAACCCUCCGCCUACUGCUCCUAAAAGUAAUGAUGACUUUCGAAAACUCUUCAUGAAAAAAUAGUUCAAUAAAUGACUACUUACUUAAUUAUUAAUAGGUGUAAUAAUUUACACGUAAUAAUUUAUUGAACUUAACAAUAAUUCAUUACCUAUUUACCUGUCCAAUCUAUUAUUAGUACCAAACAUGAAUCUAACCAUAUUUAGGUUUAAACUCUUUAUUCAGUCAAUUAUGACAUUCUUAUUGACUGUUGAUAUGUAUGUACUGCCUUUAGCUUAAUAAUACAUAAUAUUUUGUUAUAGCUUUACUACAAUAUUGCCAAUUGUUAAACAGUCUGAAAUAUCAUCCUAACAUAUUAUUUGAAUAAAAAUAAUAACAAAAAAUAACAUCACAA